GCGCUCACCAUGAAGUCCAGUAGCCUCUUCCCCUUCGUGCUUCUUGCCCUGGGUACUCUGGCACCUUGGGCUGUGGAAAGUGCUGAAAAAGCUUUGAAAGCCGGAGCCUGCCCUCUUAGAAAUCCUGCCCAGUGCCUCAGAGUGACUAAAUAUGAGAAACCCAGGUGCAGGAGUGACUGGCAGUGCCCAGGGAAGAAGAAAUGUUGCCUGGAUACUUGUGAACUCAAAUGCCUGGACCCUGUUGACAUCCUGAACCCAGUUAAGAAAAAGUCUGGGAAGUGUCCAGUGGUCCAGGGUCAAUGUCUGAUACUUAACCCCCCCAACCACUGUGAGACAGAUGGCCAGUGUCUGGAUAACUUAAAGUGCUGCAGGAGCACGUGCGGGAAAGUCUGCGUCUCCCCUGUGAGAGCUUGAUGUUUGCCAUUUGGAAGAGGCUCUGGAUUUCUACUUUGUGUGGCCUGGGAAUUCCAUUCCUAGUCCCAGACUUGGCUCACUGGAGCACUCCAUGGUGAAGACCUGGUUCUACCACCAACAUUUUCUUUGCAAAAAGGCUUGGCACCAAUAGGCUUCCAGGAGAUGUCUAUUAAUUGGGCAAUAAAUGAAUGAGCAUC